AUGAAGAUCCCAAUACGACGCGCUGUAGUGAAAACAUUCACGAUCCCCGAUGGACAGAGAUCUAAAAUUGAUGAUCACUUGUUUCUUGGACAACUUCCAAAACGACUCAUCAUUUGUGUAAUGAGAAAUGCAGAUAUGAAUGGAGACCCCGGCACCAACCCGUUUGAUUUCAGACAUUUCCAUUUGUCUAAACUAGAAGUCAGUAUAGACGGGAAAACCAUUCAAAACAAAGCCUUCCAACCAGAUUUUGAAAAUGGAGAAUGUAUGCGAUCCUACAUGUCACUCUUCCAGGCAACAGGAGCUCUUGGACUCAACAGGUCGAUUGGAUUGACUAUGGCAGAAUAUAAAAGUGGCUACACUCUCUGGGGAUUUGAUCUCACCGCAGAUCAAGGUUGCGAGGAAGGUCAACCUCACCCUAUAAAAACGGGGAACCUGAGGAUAGAUUUUCAGUUUGCACAACAACUUCCUAGCGUCGUGAACGUGAUAGUGUACGCAAAAUUCGACAAUCAAAUUGAAAUCAACGGAUAG